AUGGCGUUCCAGUUCCCCGUGGCGAGCGGCAAGAAGAAGAAAGUGCAGGUGUUUGAGUGCCCUACCGAGACGUGGAAGGAGCGCAAGCCUCGCUUCGCCAAGAACAAAGCAAAAACCGAUGAACCGGAGAUGACGCUGCGUCAAGAAAUCCGCAAGGAGUUUGACGAUACAUUCGACUCGGUCCUGGAUUUUGCAACGUCGAACUUAAAGGGCAAGGAGAAGAAAAUGCACGAAGCCAAAAAAAUUGAGUCACUGGGUGGUAUGGCAACCAAGAACCGCAGUAUGCCGUACAAAGUGCUGAUUGGGCUGAGGACCAAGGGUGCGGCCAAAAAGCAGCGUCGCGAGGAGCUGGUACAUGUGGUGACGGGCAAGCGGAAAUUGAGCAGCAAGUCGAGGGACCAGCAAAAGCGCAAGAAGGUCGACUACGGUGUGCAGGCCACCAAGGGACGAUUUAAGGGUGGCGUGCUGGACGUGCGGGGUCUGUAA